AUGCUUGCCCCAACUUCAUCUCCAUCCCCCUCACUGGUCAGGAUCACCUCUCAGCAGCAGAGCCAACCACUCUCUGAGGUGGUGCUGACAGACGAGAGCCUCAGCAGCGUGGCAGCCCCGUGCCCCCUGACCUUACUUAUCCCAAGCAGCAGCUUCCAAAAUGGCACCAUUUCAAGGAACAUUGACACAGCAGCCAAGUUCAUUGAGGCUGGAGCUGCCAUGGUCAGAGGGGCUGGCUCUGGGGCUAGGCUUAGGACAGUGUUUGGGAGCCUCAUCAUUGAUUAUGCCAGGAAUCCUUCUCUGAAGCAACAGCUCUGCUCUUAA